GCCUGGACGCACGCGGCUCGACAGUCAGCGUCGGCGCGGCUCUGCGCAACCACGGCAGCCACCAUGUCCUCCACAGCGGCCAUCGCCCCGGAACCUGGCACGCCGAAAACGCUCGACGCCAACCGGUAUGCGACGAAGAAGACGAUCGCGCAGGGCAUGCUGGACAUAGCUCUGCUGACUGCCAAUGCCAGCCAGCUGAAGUACGUCCUGCAGGCGGGGAGUAAGCACGAGUUCUACUCGCUCAUGGUCGGACUCAUCUCCACCUCCAUCGUCCUCCAGGUGCUUGCUGGCUCACUCACACUCGUUCUGCUGAGACUUAACAUCAAUGAUCCUGGCAGGCACUACACUGCUGCUGUAAUUAACCACAUUUGCUUGGCAUUUGUUAUGGGUUCCUGUGUAACAAAUACAAUAAAGAUGAGCUUUGGACUAGAUCCAACCAUACAAAGAAAUAACUCUGUUUAAAGUGAUCAAGAAUUGUCAAAACUGCAUCAAAAUACUGACACCAUAAACAUGAAGUGUGACGAUGUGCAGAAAUAGUGGAGUUUUACAAAUGAUAUGUACAAAAGAAUGAUUUCGAUUCAGUGUUUUUACUUUUUAAAUUAUUUAAUAUUGUUAAGUAUAUAUGAAAUUAUAUGUAUGAUGUAAUUUGGUCAUAACAGAAGUGAAAAAUGAGACAUAUUUAGCUACUCACCUAAUUUUUCUAAUGUUGCAGUGAAUAGAUGAAACAUUUUAUGAGAUAAUAUCAUCUUCCCUUCUAGUGUUCAUAUAACAUGAUGUAUCAAUUUGUACAAAAUUAUGUUUAAUUGUGAAAAAUAACUGAAUUGUUCCAUGCAAGAUCUCAGUUCCAUUUUACAUAUUAAACCUUAUUUAUACUUCCCGUAACCAUGCUUAAAGGGGAAACUGAACAAUCAGUAAUGAAAAUUUACUAACUGGGUAUGAUUGUUACAACAAUGCAGGAUGUAUUAUUUGAAGCAAUGAACACUAUUUACUUAAAGAUAAAACAUGAGAUGUGAUCUGAAUUCUCUAAACUGUCAGGUAGCUGAUUAAACUUAGAAACUAACAGACAUUUUUGAAAGUGACUGUGUAUUAGAUUUUGUGUUUUAUUGACAGGUGCAUUACCUUUGAUAAAAGACUUGCAGAUAAAAUAAGUAUCAACCUGACAACUUUGCUACUUCACUUCCUAGGCCUCUCAAGAAAAUAGACGAUUCUUGACCAUUCUCCCACUCUGACAACCACUACUUUCCUGUAAUUAUAUUUAUGAUAAUGGAUUUUAGCACUUUUUGCCUUUGUUAUUUAGUAUUACAAACUCCCUCUCUCUCUCUCUUUCUCUCUCUCUCUCUCUCUCUCUCUCUCACACACACACACACACACACAGGGAGAGAGAGAGAGAGAGAGAGAGAGAGAGAGAGAGAGAGAGAGAGAGAGAGAGAUUCACAAUGGACAACUUUCAAUAAUUUUAUCACGGGGAAAUUACUAAACUGAUUUCAAGUGAUAAACAUAAAUGAAAGCUGGCUGAGGUGAUAAAGGGCAUUUCCACAUUGCCCAUCAAAUGGAAUGGGGUAUUCAGAUGCAAUAUAAAUUAAUAAAUGAAAUUGUUAUAGUAGGUUAUUCAUGAUGAGAUGGCAAAUAGAAACAAAGGUAAGGUGUUCACAUGUUGGAAGCGAGAAAAUAUUAUUACAAACCUUGUAUAAUAUGACAUACCAAGAUGUACAGUUAUUGUUUACAACAGCUGUAAGUUGAUGUUUUUCUGUAUGACAGAGAAUGAAAAAAGUCCUCUCUGCAGUACAGGUCUGCGGACUAUCUUAGUUACUUGCAGUCUGUCAUUCAGUUACCUGAGUUUCUGGUACCUUAACAGAGUGUAUUUGCAGUGACAGAAACUUGGAUAAUCUUCAUCAAAAACAAGCUGACUUUGAAAUUUUUACUCUGUUUGUUAACAAGUUUUUAAGGGUUGUUAUAUAUUUUAGUUGAUGCAGCAGAUGAAUUUACUAGUACGUGCUUUGGCAGACCACACAUUUAUUAUUAAUAAUGACUGUUUUAUUACUGAGUUCUGUUUUUCAUUUACGUUACCUAGUAUUCCUUUUUUGGGCUUUAUAGACUUUCUCUUAUUUGUUAUACUAGAAUACAAAACAUAUGCUUUAAAAUAUUUUUCUGCUAUUCCAAGAAUAACCAACAGACAUAUUGGAAAUAAGAAUAGAUUAAUUACAACAUUUAAGAAAGGAUACAAGCCACCAUAUUCCACCAACUGUUAUGUCUUCACAAUUACCUGAGUGAUAUUGAUGGGGAAGUAAACAGUUGCCAUUCUCUACAAUGUUUCCUUGAAUAUUCACAUUUGCACAUACUUAAAGCAUAGGCCUAUGCUCUUUAUAUACAUGUUUACCAUCCAUCAUUUAACGUACUUCUACAUGAAAAAAUCUACAGCUUAAAAUUAUCCUUUGGUGAUUUUCUUUUCAAAUUCAGAAAUAUUUUUCCCACUUUCAAGCUGUCAUAACUGAAUCAUCCAAAUAAUUUUUUCUUCUCUGUCAGUGUUAACAGGAUGUUAAACUUUUUCCUUUCAUUCCUUUAGCUUUAUUUAACAUAAUAUUUCUGUUAAAACUUCUCUAUUCAGAAAGAUAUAAGAAUCAUUUCUUUCAUUCUAUAAACACACCAUUUCACAGAUGUUUUGCUUUUGUUCAAUCUUAUUUUAAUUUUCAAUUUUGUUUUGUUAUUUAUUU